UUCUUCUCCACAUUAUCAACAAGUCAAUCACGGACACGCUGAAUUUCGUAAUGUCUCUCUUGCGGCGCCUCCCCCGGAAUACCAUCCCAUCAUGUUCCUGGGUAGCUCCCCCAACAAGAAAGAUGAUCAUCCAUGUUCUGAGAAGACAGGGAAAUCGAAGAAAAAGAUUCCACAGCGCAGGAAUAAAUCUCCGACCUAUCAGAAAGAGCAAUGCAUAAACCAUCCCCCGUCAUCUUCAGAUACCUUCAUGGCAUAUCCAGGUGAAUACGUCAUCAUGGUGGAAGAGAUAACUGCACCACCCUUCCUGGGCAAGACGCUCCCCACUGCCUUCGCGCAUCUCAAAGUUUUGCCAAGGAAAAAGCAUCAACAUGCGAAGGAUUCCUAAAGAAGCCCCACGCGCCUUUUGGGUAGGACCUGCCCGGACAGAGGAGGUGAUGCUUCCCCCUUUUCCAUCGAGCCCUUUCUGCUGAGUCAGGUCUUUCCGCCUUGACUAAGACAUGCCCUGGGCCCCAUCACCCCAGAACCUGGCGCCCUUGUCCUGCCCCGGAAUCGAUGGCCCCUGUUCCUCUCUUGUCCCCUUGUCCUUC